AUGUCGAUGCCAGCUUCAACCGCGAACUGGCACUGGAAGAAUAAGAACGUGACAUCGUGGGCAAGAGCUUGGUUCGAGCGUGAGCUCACGACCAUAUCUAUUGAUGGUGAAGGCUCAGAGAACGUCUCCGUGACUUCGGUUCGGGAUGUGGAAGGUGACGUGGAGCUCGGCCAGCGCAAGUCCAAGCUGAUUACGAUCUAUGACUGCAAGGUUCAGCUCGAAUGGUCUGGCACGGCUAGCGAUGGAACUUCGGUCAAGGGCAAGCUCACAGUUCCUGAAGUUUCGCACGAAAUCACCCUGGACCGCUUGUCUGACUACAUCUAUGAGUGGUCAUUGCAAACCAAAUCCAGUGUUGCUGUGGACGCGCUCUAUGCCUUUGCAAAAGCGCGUAUACCUCCUGCACUCGAGGCCAAAUUUGCAGAGUUCCCUGUUGCUAUCAUUGACACCCACGGCAAGGACCUCACCGUCAGUGCUGAACCUAGCCGGACCGGUACCCCUGUUAGUUCCCUGGCGGCACCUACGCACACCACCAACUCGGGGGCGGCUGCUUCGACAGCCAAGCCUAUGCCGGCCAAAAAAGUGGCAGUAAACACAUCAGAGAUAGUCAAAGAUGCGAUGUUUAUGGCUGCCGCGGAGGAUCUCUAUUCAUUACUGACGGACGAGAGCCGCAUCCCGUCUUGGACACGUUCUGCAGCGCAGUCUAUUCCUCAGCCCGGCUCGUCGUAUUCGCUCUUUGGAGGGGGUGUUAAGGGGAAAUAUAUCUCCCUCGUUCCGGGGAAGGAAAUCAAGCAGACAUGGUCGCUUCAAAGCCCCGUUUGGCCACCAGGUUGUUAUUUUUAUUUUCUUCUCUUCGAUUUUUCCUCAUCUGAAGCACUCAUAGAACACGAAGCUACGCUCACCAUCACGCUGAACCAGUCGUCCGAUUCAACGACGGUAACCUUUACUUUGGACGGAGUGCCAAAAGGUAUGGAGGACGAGGUUGGACGCAAUUUAGAGGGUUACUAG